AUGUCCACGUCCGAAGUUGUCCUCAAUACCAGCAUGGGAAGACAAAUUCAUACUGAUAGCGCCAGUCGACUAAACCGCAUAUUCAUUAGUGAUAAAGGCGAUGGGGAGGGAGCGAGGGAGAGGGAGGGAGAGGGAGGGAGGGAGGAAGGUAAUGAAGAAGAAGAUGAAGGAGAAGGAGAAGGCGACGAUUUGGCCGAAGAAGUGGUAGGAGAGCAGGAGGAGGAGGAAGAGGAGGAAGAGGACGAGGAUGAGUUGGGGGGCACAAGUGACAAGCCAGAAGCAGGGCCACAGGCAAAUGGAGAGGCAGAGGUGGAAGCACGGGUAGAAGUGGAGGGUGGAGGCUGA